AAGAAAGACAUGGUUCGCGGAGGAAAAAGUAAAGUGCAAAUCCGGUCUACGCAGUCUCCAAAAGCCGACAGCUAAGGGAUGUUACUAAAGAGUUGCGAGAGCCUCUUCAUCGGGGAAAUAAGACCGUAGAUCUUUCUCUGGCAAAAAGAGGGGAAACCUGUGUUUGGGAGUCCGUUGCACAGAGCAGAGGAAAAGAAAACGCGAAGAAGAAAAAAGUGGAAGAGGACUAAAGAUUAUAAGGAGUGCCUUAAAAGUGUGAAAGAGGAGCACCACGCAAAUCUGCAGUACUGUGUGAUCGGAGAGCAAGAGAUGAGACCUUUAAAGAAAAACAGAGGGCGUUCUCUCCCGUUAACUAGAGGCAGAGGGGGGCGAAGGAAGGGGGGAUCUCAACCUCUCCAAGAGAAAGAUCCCAAAAGAGCCAAGAAGGAGACGCUCAUCAAAGCUACACAGCAUAGCCCCAACACUCCCUCCAAACGCAGACACGCAGCCACUAUCUCUGACGAAGAACCAGUCACAAACAGCAGUCCCAACACGAAGGAGGAAUCUGCUGAGCUGAGGAAACACGUGGAAUCAGAUAAGAACAAUGGAAAGAAAAUGGAAGAGAAGACUGAAAAGGAAAAAACGGUUGGCACAAAUGGAAAUAGUACCAUACCCACGGUUUCAGGAGCAUCUCCUACCUCUGUCCAAGCAACGCCUCAAACCACCAAUCACAUCCCCAGUUCAGGCUCAGUCUCUAGUAGGAAAACAGCAACAUUUAAGGCUCGCAUACCCAAGAAGAAAUAUACAUACGAGCACUUCGUUAACAAUGGAAGUGCUAUUACCUCCAGCCCUACACUUGUACAAAACAGUUACUGCAGUAUUAGCAGCAUAAUCAGUGAUAAUUUGAAUUCUGCCCAAAAUAACUUCAAAAGUAGUAACAACAUCAGUAAUAGCAUUAAUGAAAUAAUGAAUAUAAGCAUCAAUGGAAGUGCUAACAAUAACAUAAAAGGUGAGAUUAACAAUAAGACUAGCAGUCACAACAGUUGCUCUGGGAGCCUUACUACUUAUAUCAAUAGCAGAAGUAAUAAUUGCUCAGGUAAUCAACCAUCAGUGCUAACGGUGGACAGUAACGCAGAAGUGAUUCUUUUUGCCUCCAUAGAUGAUAAAACCCUAAGGACAGCAGAUUCCCAAGAAAAAGAAUCCCAGGGUGGGGAAAAGGAGCUAGAAGGGGGCCCUAACUCAGUGCGCUCGUCCUCCACUGACACAGCUAGCGAGCACUCAGCUGACCUGGAUGUGAUGGACACUACAGGACCAAACCUUCAUCAGAACUCCCACAAUCCAGCUCCUCUCCUCAAUUCACAGCCUAAAGAAGUCAGUCUCUCAGAGGCACUAGCUGAAGCUCUGACGAAAGGCAUGAAGAACCAGAGAGUGCUGGCUCGCCAAAAAAAGAGGACUAUAGAGAGUGGUUUGGAGACUGUAGAUGGUAAAAACUCAUGCUUCCCAUCUCAUGUAUUUAGUCCAGGGGUGGUGCGUCAGGUGAGUGGAGGUACAAUUGAAGUUCUUCUCCAAGGAGAGGAGACCCUUGUUAAAUACCCUUUUUAUGGUGGAACCACGAUGAAGUCCUCGGGGGUCGAAAACACUGUGGAGUUGAUUUUGGACGCCCCCCCACCUGGCAUGGCACCUGUGGCUGUUGGGACCCGUGUGUGUGUGCCUUUUGGUGGAGAGGAUGGAGGUCGUCUGCUGUACAGAGAGGGGAUUGUUGCUGAGGUGGAUCCACACCCUGGUGUCUCAUUUCCUUACCAGGUGCUACUGAGCGAAGACAGAGAAACCUUGGGUGGACAGGUGGGAGAUGAGAAAGAAAAAAGGAAAGUAAAUGGUCAAGUAGCUUGGGUGUCCAGACAGAGCCUGAGACUGCUGAUCCCUCCAUGGGAGUUCUCAAAUUUAGAUGGUGGGAGGACAAAAGAGAGGGAGCGUGAACGGGAAAGGGAGGAGAGAGAGCGGCGGGAGGAGAUGGAGGUAGAGAGAGAAGUGUGCCAGUUGAGUAUUGGAAUGGGGGUCCUUGGCGCCGGGGCAAGGUUGGGUCAUGGGUUUUCACAUGAAGGGGUUGCCGGAGGACAUACUUAUGGAAGUGCCCCUCCACCUACUCAUCCCUCCACUGGGACUUCCAGUGCAAUGGCCAUCAUGGGUCACGGAUGUAGCGAUAAUUACUCUGACAGACAAAGACAGAAACAGAUGAAUAUGCCAGAGGAAGAUGCUGAGGUGUCUUGUUUAAACAUGGCUCAUACCAUUGGAUUACAACCAAAUCCCGGGCCCUCCCAGCACAGGAAUGCUGUCUCCACGUCCAGUGGCUACUCUCCCCCCUCCCCCCACCUUUCUGUGAUGCGGGGUCUAGGACCCCCGCAUCUCUCUGCCAUAGCCAGUCCUCAGCCAAGCCUAUCCCCUGCCUUACUGAGCUCCGAAUCGAACAUCACUUCAAACCUACCUCCAUCUAAGACCACUCCCACCCAGACCCCAACUCCCACUUCUGGUGUGGGUUCUUCUUCUACCUCCUCUCGGUCCAGGACUCCUCUCUCAUUGGCCCAGCAGAAAUACAAAAAGGGUGACGUGGUAUGCACGCCUAAUGGUAUUCGUAAAAAGUUCAAUGGAAAGCAGUGGAGGAGGUUGUGCUCCAGGGACAGUUGUAUGAAAGAGUCUCAACGUCGAGGAUACUGCUCCAGACACUUGUCAAUGAGAACCAAAGAGAUGGAGGCAGCAGGUGGAGAGAGGGGGGGAGGAGGCAGCAGCUCAGGGACAGUCACCCCUUCCGACCUUCGGGGGAGAGCAAGCAGUGAAUUUGAGUGGGAUGACACAUCAAGAGAGAGCAGUGAGAUUAGUAGCAGAGGAGACUCCAGACCCCGCUUGGUCCUUCCCUCCCUCCUCCCUCAUGAACUGUCGUCACGGUUUGACUUUGAUGAGUGUGAGGCUGCCAACAUGCUUGUGUCAUUAGGGAGUUCCCGCUCUGGCACCCCCUCUUUCUCCCCCAUCUCCAACCAGUCACCCUUUUCCCCUGCCCCCUCUCCCUCGCCCUCUCCACUGUUUGGUUUCAGGCCCGCUAACUUCUCCCCUAUUACUGCCUCCCCCGUCCUGCAGCACCGGAGGCACAGGCAACCCAGUGGCACAGGUGGAGGAGGGGGCGGGAGUAGUAAGGCACCAACCCCUGCAGGUGGAGGAGAACGGGAGAGGCACACUUUGGGAAUCCAGCCCUCCUUCCACAGUAACCUGACAUUUACAGUCCCCAUGAGUCCCAGCAAGAGAAAACCCGAAGCACCCCUUCCACCUCCCAUCCCCACACACCACCACGAUUACACACCCAAAACAGAGCUGGAGCAGGCCGACCUCAACAGCUCUUUCACAGUGCUGUCCCCCCAAACACCAGUCUCACAUUCCCACACACACACACCUACUUUCUCCCGGCCCAAAGGAGUAACGACCCCCUCCUCCAGCAGGCCCCCAUCCUCCACGGCUGUCUCCCCUCCUCCUCUGCUAGUAUCCCCAACUCCUCCUUCUCCCCUCAGUACCGAUGGAGGGCCUCGUCGUGUGGUCCCUGUCUCUCAACAAACUUUGCGGGACUCCCCUGUUAUUGUGAGGAAUCCCGAAGUCCCACUGGCAAAAUUCACUGAGUCUCCCCUCGGAAGAGGAGGAGGUGCAAACGAGAGUGGGGUAAAUAGCACCUCAUUUAAAAACGUCGGUAUAACCCCCCUUAUUCCUCAGUCGGUCUCCGGUCUCCAGGUUCCUGUCCCAAUUAAUGCUGCUGCAGCUACAGUACCCAACGGCACCGUUCUCUUGCGGAGCCCAGCUCAAACUCUGGUGCUUGUGUCCCCGGCACCUUCUCCUUUGCCCAACAUCGACAACCCUGCCACCCCCUUUCAGGCCUUAUCAGUUACAGUCAGCACAACAGUCACAGCUCCAGCUCUGAGUAGCAUAGACAGCUCUGGGGGACGAGAGGACAACAGGGGCACGGGGUUUGGUGGAGAAGUCCAGCAGCCAGUUCCAUGUCACCCCUCUCCUACUGCUCUGCUGCCCCUGAUCCUGCCCGCAGAAACUCUUCACCCGGUCCCUCGGAAGGACAUCAUCAUGGGACGUCCUGGCACAGUGUGGACGAAUGUAGAGCCUCGGUCCGUUCCAGUCUUCCCUUGGCAUUCAUUGGUCCCUUUUCUGGCACCUACCCAAUCAGAUGCUGCUUCUCAGCCAGGAGAGGGACAGCACCCAGUCAACCACCCUCAAACUGCCAGUCUGAAGACAGAGUGUCAGGGGAUGGCAGUGCUGUCACAAGAGCCUGCAGAGGCACCUCCAAUUGUGGAGAGAAUUCCCCCGAUGCGACCUCUUCCUUCUUCUGAUGAGCCGCUUCCAGAGAAGGACAAAGGAGAUGCAGAGAGGGAGAGGCCUGACAGCGAAACUGAGAGUGAUGUGGAUGACCCCUUCCUCCCAGGAAUUGUGCCAGAGCAGUCAAUUUCCACAUCACCGGUAAAGAGACGUACUCAGUCUCUCAGCGCGCUACCCAAAGACGGCGAUAAGAGCAGUCCAGGAAAGAGGGAGAAGGACCACAUCCGGCGACCAAUGAACGCAUUUAUGAUUUUCAGUAAGCGCCAUCGAGCGUUAGUGCACCAGCGGCAUCCGAACCAGGACAACAGGACAGUCAGCAAGAUUCUUGGGGAGUGGUGGUACGCUCUGGGACCCAAAGAGAAACAGAAGUAUCAUGAUUUGGCCUUCCAGGUAAAAGAGGCCCAUUUUAAAGCCCACCCCGACUGGAAAUGGUGCAACAAAGACAGAAAGAAGUCUAGUUCUGAAGGUCGUGGAGUCCCUGGGGCUAAAGACAUAAGAGAGAGGAGCAUGUCUGAAUCCACAGAGCCUCAUUCUGUGGAGCUGAAGGGUGUUGGUCCAAGUCUGGUGGGCGUCUCCGAGAGGAGUAUGGGAGAGGAACACGUAGGCCAACUCACCCGACCCCGGGCUUUCUCGCAAAGCGCUAUGCACAGUCUGGAGCAGGCUGACAGGGGUAACAAACAAGCCCUGGCGGAACUGGCACAGAUCUGUGGAGAUGGUAGCAGUCAGUUUUCAAGUCGCGCCCCUUUCCAUUCGCAGACUCAACGGGGGGUUAGUGAAGACAUGACCAGUGAUGAAGAACGCAUGGUCAUCUGUGAGGAGGAAGGUGAUGAUGAUGUCAUUGAGGAUCCUUAUCCUAGCAGCUCCAUAGAUCUCAAGUGUAAGGAGCGUGUGACUGACAGUGAUAGUGAGAAUGGUUCAGGGGACGAAAGCGAUCGUAAGAGAGUUUUUGCUCCAGUCAUCUGCUCUUCUUCAUCAUCCUCUACUUCACACCAUACCCCUCAUGGCAGGAGUGUUUCACUCUCCUCUUAUCCCACCAGCAAGCGCUACGAUGAGGGGAGAUCAGGAGGGGGAGGGUUUUCAGACCACAGGAGGAAGGACAGAAGUGAAGGAGAAAGAAAGGACCCUUUUGGGGGUGACGGAGGUGGAAAUGUACAAACCUCCUCUCUCUCUUUCUCUUCUGGUCAGUCGGUCAUAUCUUCUACUUCUUCUUCAGCUGGAGGCCCUCCUUCCUCAUCAAUAAGUUCACUUGGAACAACCCCACCCCAGGGCAUUGGUGCUGUGAGAGUGGCUUCCACAGUGGUGACCAAUGUAAUGCGUCCUGUAAUCAGUACACCGCUCCCAAUCGCUAGCAAACCUAGAGAUGUAGGCACUUCAUCCAGCCCUCAUCCUUCAGAGAGAAAGACCCUGACUCCCCAGCAGCAAACACAGUUUCUGAUAGGAGCAGGAGGUGGGGCUACAGGGGGUGGGUACUACUCUUCAUCAUCAUCGAAUGCUGUAGGUGCCGGUUUAGGCCCGGGUGGUGUCGUGACUAAUUUUGUGUUAGGAGGGGCUCUGUCCGGCCCGUCUGCUGUACAGCUCAUCACCCCAGCCCCUCAGCCAUCCCACCACCACGCCCUUCCCUCCACAGUCGUUUCAGCCCCACAUAGCCACACAAACGGAGCCCUGCCCCUGCUUCAGCACCAGUUUCUCCCAGCUUCCUCCCUGGCACCCCCUGGGGGUAAGGCCAUCACACAAGUCCAGUACAUUCUGCCCACCCUACCUGCUAAUGCCAACCCCAAGAGCCCACCGCAGCACCUCAGCCAGCCAACCAGUAUCUUCAACCUACCCACAGCUCCACCAACGCACGUAUCCUUGGCCAAUGGGAAACAGCAGGGUACUGGUUUACCAACGGGAUAUACGUCCAGUCCAGCAGUGGGUGUGGUCAGCCCUGGAUCGAGAGUGCAAACGCAGUCUCCAGUGCUCCAGGGUAAAAUGCUUGUUCCCAUGGCAACAGUGCGGACUGCGCCAGCCACUGCCCAGCAGUUUCCCAUCGUGGCUCCACCUCUUCCUGUUCAGAAUGGCGCUCAGUCUGGAAGCAAGAUCAUCCAGAUAGCUCCCAUGCCUAUGGUCCAGCCCCAGCUUCCUCAGGGUGGAGCCGUGCAUCCUGCCAGCCCUUUCCCUGUAACCGUGGGCACAGCUGCAGUGGUAGCACCAGCAUCAGCCCCCUCCCAGGCUGUGCUUCUGCCACAAGCACCUACUAGAAUCACAUAUGUCCAGUCCACUCCAGGGGUCCCAUCUACUCUGCCUCUAGUCUCCACAACAACGGGCUGCUCCCCCACACAGCAAGCUCUCCCAGUGCCUGGUUCUGCAUAUGUUCCAUCACCCCUGGCGACACUUGGGUUCACAGCAAUUGCAUCACCUGGACAGACACUGGUUCAGCCACUGAUCACAGGUCAGCCGUCGCUGCUAGCCACGGCGCAGUCCCCGCAGCCUUCCACUUCAGCCCCUGCCUCAGGCUCCGGCAACCAGAUAGUCACUGCCAUCUACCCUCCCUCACCUAGUGUCACCAUGGCAACCGGGGUAGUCUCUAUGGCAGCAGUACCCCCCAGUGUGGUGUACUCUGUGUCGAGCCCUUCGAGUGCUUCUCCCCACAUCCUGCCCAAACACACAGCAACCCCCACCACCGUCGCACACUCGCAUGCGCAGUCUCAUCCGGACAGACACGCAGACAGACACGCAGACAGACACCUGCCUCCAGACAGAUGUGCCGAUCAGCAAAGUGACAGGCAGAGCGACUGGCAGGCAGAGCUGCCGACUCACAUGGAAAGACGGUUUGAUAGGCAGUUGCAGACCUCUGGCAGUAGUUGUGCAGCAGCACCUCCUAGUGGCUCAGCUGUUUCCAUGCGGCCCUGCAGUCCACCCCUUCAGAUCCAAAUGCCUGGCAGUACACCGGGUACGCCCAAGCUCACACAACUUCCAGUUAGGCUCCCCCAGAAGGUGAAGGCAACAGUGGCAACCAUCCCAGUUGGCAGCUACGAUGGAGGAGGCAGAGGAAAAGACAGAGACCGGGAAAAAGACAGAGAGCGGGAGAAGGAACGAGAAAAGGAUAGGGAGGGAGGAAGAGAAGCUGCAGCCAAUAGUCAUUUCUCCUUCGAUCCUGAGCCCUCAGGGCAGACGGGGUCUCCAUCAACACAUCCCACAGAGGAUCCAUCAUCCUCUGACAGGCCCCUGGAGGGUUCCAGUACUACAAACUCAUCUGACAUGAGGAGCAAGGAAAGCACAACCACCAAAGAGGCUGGAUGGAAGGAGUCGCUCUCCUCCUCUCCUCUCCCCCCUCCACCAACCACAGAGCCCACUCUUCCACCCCCACAGACUGACAAAGAUGCUCCUCCACCCAAAAAGAUCAAAGCCCGCCCACCACCACUAAAAAAGACCUUUGACUCUGUGGACAAGACUGGCAGAGUGCUUUCAGAAGUAUAUUUUGAAGAGCGCUUUGCUGAGCUUCCCGAGUUUCGGCCCGAGGAAGUUUUGCCCUCACCCACCUUGCAGAGUCUGGCCACGUCACCUCGCGCCAUCUUGGGCAGCUAUCGCCGCAAGAGGAAAAACUCAACAGAUCUGGACUCGGCCCCCGAUGAGCAAGUCUCACCAAAGAGAAAAAGUCGUCGGCGAUCCAGCUGUAGCUCCGAGCCCAACACACCUAAAAGUGCCGCAAAGUGUGAGGGAGAAAUCUUCACUUUUGACAGACCAGCCCCAGAUGGAGAAGACAUCCUGGCAGAACUGGAGUUUGAAAAGGUGCCGUACUCGUCCCUGCGACGAACACUGGACCAGAGGAGAGCACUUGUCAUGCAGCUGUUCCAGGAGCAGGGCUUCUUCCCAUCAGCUCAAGCCACUGCAGCUUUCCAGACGAGAUACUCCGACAUAUUUCCCACCAAAGUGUGUCUGCAGCUGAAGAUUAGGGAGGUGCGGCAGAAGAUCAUGCAGACUGCUGCUCCUUCCGACUCCUCUGCUUUAGGCCCGGACCCUACCGCCUCGCUCCCAGGACCGUCUGGCUCCCAGUUAGAUGAGGCUUCCGGGAGAGACGGAGGAGACCUGCAGGACGACGAUGUUGAACAGGGAGCAGAAAUGAGCCCAGAGAAUCCCCGUGAUUCACAGGAAUCUUCUACAUGAGGAAUGCAAAGAAGUUGGAUCGACUAAUCAGUGACAAGUCACACCUUUCCACCCUCGUGCAUAUCCAUAUCUAUUCUCUUUUCUCUUAGCCAGUCAUAUCUUAAUUUCCUACCAUCCAGCUGCCAACCUGUGAGAGUGAUAAAUGUUUAUUUGCAAUGUUGGGACUCAUCUUUUGGAGCGUGCAACCCUAGCACCACAAAAAGGACAUGGAAAAACAAGUUGCACAUAACAUACACAAAUGUUUUACCUUCAUUCCCACACUUGACUUAGCACUCUGUAUUAAUCUUCUUCGAGAAAGCUCCCAUUGAUGCUUGUGAACGAAGGGCCAUCAUGUAUGGGUGCACGCGUUUGCCUUGAAGAUGAAAUGAUUCUCAUUUUGGACAAAGAAACCUGCUUAGGCUAUUUUGAAAUUGUGAAAAAAUGAGCAGUUUUAAAAGAUGUAGUUAUAUGUUUUGAUAUUUGUUUUGUUUUUAAUCAUUUUAGCUCAGUAAAGGCAGAACGUGUCUGCUUGAAGAACAACCUGUAUGUAUACAUGUUACAAGCUUGUGGUUAUAGUUUCUGCUGAUGUUCGGGGGCUGGGCCCUCAGCAGCCGGGAACCAAGCAAUUUGACGAGACAUUGAAUUGGACUUUGAGAGGUGUUUUUCUCACCCGUAGACCUUCAGGGGAGGUCUACGAGGAGUGACUGAAACUUAAUCGGACUUCUGGCAGUGCCAUCAUUCCUGCAUUUGCCUGACUGGCCACGUCCUUCCUUCUUGCGACCGACCCUAGCACAUGCCAGUAGGUAGGAACCAAGCAUUCCUGUGCCUCUCUCUCUCCACGCAUGAAGGAAGGAGAAGGGUCAGAGUCACCGGGCCCUUCCUGGCUCACAGAGGUCAGGCGGAAAGAAACCUUCGUCCUCUAUUGCCAAGCAGUUUUAUUGUUGUUUUUUUUAUUAUUAAGUAUUCUGAUUUAUAUUUAACAUUGUCAUACUCAGUUUGUUGUACUAUUUCUAUGAUUAUUAUAAUUAUUACUCCUUAUAUCAUUGCAGUGAACCCACUUUCAUAGUUCUGGUGUCUUUCGUGGGAAAUGUUUCUUUAAUUUCUGUCAACCUAAGCUUUCUUGUGUAUUGUUUUUGCCAGCACCACAGUCUUAUAGGCAGGUGAGAGAUGCUGCUCCACACCUGUACAGUCCCUCCAUUAUAGUCUUCCCUCGACUGGCCUAUCAUUUGAGCCUGUGGUGCAGUUAAUUUUGUUCAUUUUAAACAGGAAUACAAACACAAUGUGGACCUUUAUAUCCUUUAAGCAGUAAUAAGCCGUAUGUUUGUAGACAACCUUGUAUGCCUCUCCUUCCCUAUCCACAUUCAAUUUUUAUAGCCUCAACACUUAUACAUCUCCUUCCUCCCAUCCUUCCUUCUUUUGUCACUUUAUUGCUCUCUCCUGACCUCCGGGCAGAGAGAAAACUGGGGGAAGUGAAAGGAAUUAACAAAUCAGAGUUGGUAGGAUACAAUACUGGUUGUGUCUUUAUGUGCAAGACUUGGUUGUGUUGUAAAUAAUUUACUGUAGAGUCAGUAGACUCAUAAUAUUGAUAUGGAAAAAGAAAAUCUGUUAUUGAACUUAAGUUGACUUUUAAGACACCGUUACAGAAGGUAAAACAUGAAAUGGGGGGGAUCAAAAUAAAUAUGGCUAUUAAUGUUAUUGUGUUUUACACCUUGUCUUGAUGUUACAUAUGCAAAAGAGGAAUUUAUACGAAUAAAUUGUUUGGGUCUGAAUCUUCCACAUUAAAACAAAAAUAGGUGUUUCAUUGGAACUUGGAAAAGUUAAGGAUAUAAAUAAGUUAUCUAAGCACAACUUUAGUCCAAACCCUAAGACACAACACUAUUUAAAAAGGACAUAUAUGUGAAUUUGGGUUACAAAAGCUGACAAUUUUGAAGAAAAAACAUUUAUUUGAAUUUGCCACUUUACAACAGACGCCAAUACAUUUUAACAAAAGGAGGAAACAAAAAAACCCACAUCCUUGUCAUAAGAGAUAAAAAUUAACUAUACAAAUGUCAUUUGAGGCACAAGCCAUGGUCCUUAUUUAUAUUAACCAAUUAUUUUGAGAACACAUCACUUCCAUGUAUAAGUAAGUUCCCUCACAACUCUGUUCAAGAGAGAACCUGAGACACUUUUUUUUUUUUUUUUCAAAUUAAAUGUUCAGUUCAUAAAUAUCUGGAUCCAGUAAAUCAAUACUUGAGUCAAUCUCACAGUAGUCGAUGAGUCUGAGCUUGUAUUAAGACUAGUAUUGAUGUGAUCAGCUCUACGACGGCCUUAACUCGUCCUCAGAGCAGCUGCACGCCGUCCAUGGCCAGGCCGUUCUCCAGGGCCGUGUGGUAGAUCUCCAGCGCCUGCUCCAGCGGCAGAGCCCCCCCUUCAGUGGUCUCAAUGAUGGCGAUGGUCUCCCCAAACUCAUUACACAUUAUAGUGGGGGUGCCCUGUGUCUGGGGGGAGAAUAUUCAGAGUGAAAUCAAUGAACAGACAAGAGAUGAAAAAGUGUUUCCUGUUACUGACAUUAACGAUCUUGUUCUUGCAAAGAAAGAAAAUGGGCGACUACUGACUGACUGUAACGAUGGCAAUCAAAGCAACAUUUCCCCACUCUGAUGUUUAAGAAAAUCAAACGCUGAUUAUACAAUAGGGUCUUGUAAAUGACAUUACAACCCUUGUAAGACUGGAGUAAAAUCUGAAUAAAUGUUAUAUCUACUGUGUUA